CGGUGAGCGAGAGCCGAGUCAGAGGGAGCGUAGAGACUGGAGUUGAGUGGUAGCGCACGGAGCGCGUCGGAUCACGUCCCAGGGGAUUCUUGGCGAGAGGGUGAGAGUGAGAAGCGGAUACAAUGGCGGUGCUGGACCUGGCUCUUCAGGGCCUCUCCAUUUUCGGACUGAUCCUCUUCAUUAUCCUGUGGCUUAUGCACUUCAUGUCCAUCAUCUACGGCCGCCUUCAUCUAAAUAAGAAGACAACGGACAAACAGCCUUACAGCAAGCUUCCUGGUGUGUCCUUGCUUAAACCCUUGAAAGGAGUGGACCCAAAUCUCAUAAGCAACCUGGAAACCUUUUUUGAACUUGAUUAUCCUAAAUUUGAAAUACUCCUUUGCAUACAAGACCAUGAAGAUCCUGCAAUUGAUGUGUGUAAAAAGCUGCUGGGCAAAUAUCCAAAUGUAGAUGCCAAAUUGUUUAUCGGUGGCAAAAAGGUUGGCAUUAAUCCCAAAAUAAAUAACUUGAUGCCAGGUUAUGAGGCAGCCAAAUAUGAACUCGUUUGGAUUUGCGACAGUGGAAUUCGAGUGAAGCCAGAUACACUGACAGACAUGACCAAUAUGAUGACUGAGAAAGUGGGCCUCGUCCAUGGAUUACCAUAUGUUGCGGAUCGACAGGGUUUUGCUGCCACUCUAGAACAGGUGUAUUUUGGCACAUCACACCCAAGAACAUAUCUAUCAGCGAAUGUAACUGGCUUCAAAUGUGUAACAGGAAUGUCUUGUUUAAUGAGAAAAGAUGUAUUGGAUCAAGCUGGAGGACUUGUUGCUUUUGCUCAGUAUAUUGCUGAGGAUUAUUUUAUGUCCAAGGCAAUAGCAGACAGGGGGUGGAAAUUUGCUAUGGCAAGUCAAGUAGCAAUGCAGAAUUCUGGCAGCUAUUCUAUUUCUCUCUUCCAGUCAAGAAUGAUCAGGUGGUCAAAGUUGCGUAUUAACAUGCUGCCUGCUACAAUUAUUUGCGAACCGAUCUCUGAGUGCUUUGUUGCAAGUUUGAUCAUUGGAUGGGCAGCUCACCAUGUUUUCAAAUGGGACAUCAUGGUAUUUUUUAUGUGUCACUGCUUGGCAUGGUUCAUAUCUGAUUACAUCCAGCUCAGAGGAAUUCAGGGCGGACCUUUGUGUUUCUCAAAACUUGAUUAUGCAGUUGCCUGGUUUAUUAGAGAAUCCAUGACAAUAUAUAUAUUUCUGUCUGCCCUCUGGGACCCCACCAUAAGCUGGCGGACAGGUCGUUAUAAACUGCGCUGUGGUGGCACAGCUGAAGAAAUUAUCGAUGUAUGAACACCACGUCCAAACUGUAUAAAUGAAGAAAAGUAUUAUGAUUGUACAAAGACUUUUAAAUAGUUCCACCUUCACUAGUUUUUACAUGUGUCCUAGUAUUCUAUGUUAAUUUAUUUGCUUGGUACUUGCAGCUGAAAGUAAAACAAACAAUUGCAAGAACUUUAAGGCCAAAAAUGCAUGUUUGUCUAUUGUCCGUGCAAAAUAAUGGGUUAGAAAAUUUUUCAAACAUGAUUAAACUUUUUUAACCAAAAAAAUGCAUGCAGUACUCUUUCUCCAAAUGUUAUUGGUCAUCAAGCAAAGCUUCAUGUAGGAAAAAAAAAUCCCUGUGGUUAAAUGCUCCUUUGAUAUAAACUGCAUAGCUAUCUAAUGAAAGAUUAUAGAAAAAUAAAAUUCCAUUGGGGUGAGUGACAAACAGGCAUUUUUUUGGCCUUGUAUAGCAAAGACCAAAAUUGGGUAUAAGUUUGAUAAUUUUAUCUGCAAUCUUCAGGAACAACUUUAGUGGUAAUCACUGCAUGUGCAUUAGCUUUUAGUUUUCGCCUAUUCAGCAGCUAAGUAGCCUUUUUCAAAAAAUCAAAGCAACUGAGUUGCAUAAUAUUUCUCCAGUAAGUGAAUGAUAUAUUUCAAGACAAAAUGGGAUUGGAUAUCUUCAAUUUACAACUUCACCCUUGAAAUAACAUUGUGAAAUUCAAUAAUUUGUAAAUAUUAAGGUGUCCUUUUUACAUUACCGAAUAAUGUUUAAUAGGUGGGAGGGCUUGUAAGGGUUAUAAUUAAGACUGCAGCACCUAAUUCAUAAGUUGUCAAACCGGAUCUACUAAUGUUUUCAUUAUUGUCAUCUCAAUCUAGACUACAUUAAUGAAGACUCAUUUAGGAUUUGUGGCAUAUUAAUGAUUCUUUCGUAAAAACAUACUGGUACAUGCUGUUGAAUUUCUUCCCAAGACUACAUGUUAUUUGUAUUCAAAAGUAUCAAAUCUGUUGAGCUCAUUGUUAUAACCAAUUGUAAUGGUGAACUAGAUUUGUUUAGAAGCUUAAUUAGGUUGGGCAUAUGUGGAGUGGUGGGGGUUGAAAAUGCUGAUGUAUACUUGGAUAAAUAGGGGUGAGUCUGAGGAAUAUGUAUGCUCUGAACCUUGGAGGAGAGAUGGGUGGGUUAGACAUUUAGAAAUGACGAUGUGUAUGUCAUAAAUACAACUUCAAAUUGUUUGCAUUCAGAGCAAUACCUAGAAUCUAGAAUUUUUUUUUAAUAGUUGGUUUACUCAUAAUUCACUGCUGGACAGUUAAACUCAUUGUGUGAGCAAUAAUGAUUUUUUUUCAAGCAGCAUUAUAGUGAAUGGUGCACUUUAAGCUUGGACAAUCUGGUUCCACUAGGGCCAGACAAAUUUUACCUUGUAUUGUUACCACUGAUGCCUCCCUUGCCUCAUUUUUAUUCUGACCAUUACCCUUAUGAUGUCAUUUUAAUGGUUUGAAGGGUCACUCACUAUAUCAUUGCACAUCUCAAGUAUAACGUUUUGUAUAUAUGAUCCCAUCCCACCCAUCCAUUGGCAUGAAUCAGGGAAAUCCUGAGGAUGUUCUGUUAUCUAAACUGUCUAGUUGUGAUCCACCAGUUCUAUGAUUUGAAGUCAUUUGAGCUUUACUGUUUACUAUUGACUGUUUAUUGUGUGGAAUUUUUUCUGGGAGCUUAAUUUUUGUUAGCCUGGCCAGUGCUGAAACGAGAAUUUUACUUGCAACCCUAAUGCUAGUUUUUUCCAUGACAUUUCAGCUGUGAAUUUCAAAACGAAUUACAGUGGAAGUGGUAGAAAUUGAAAUACUUCUGCAACUAAAAAGCACUGCAUGGCACCUCUGAAACUGGCUUAACUAAAACUGAAAUGUCUCUGAUGCACAAUCUUAUGAUUUUCUUUUUUUUUAUUGAGCUGUUUGUACAUUUUUAAGCCAUUGCAAGAACAAAGCAUAUGAGGAGAGAUGUCAACACCAACUGUGGUUUAUUUCAACUUUGUAAAUUUACACUAGUAUAUCGUGAGUUGUUGACACAAUCCUGUGCUAAAAGGGUCCCAGUAAUUGUGCCUCUAUGGGCUUAUUGGGUGUUAUUAUAUGAGCUUUGUAUGACCCCUGGAAUAUUAUGUGGUGACUAUAGUCAUGUAGAAUGUAUCAGCUUUGUCCCUGUUGGUUUAAAUCUAAGAUUGCUAUUGUGUGACACUGACAUUGCCAUGUAUAUAAGCAGACACAAAAUAAAUGUGCUUUAUUUAAUUGUCAGCUUUGUAUUGUGUUCCAGACUCUGCCAUUAAGCGCUUAAACAGUGAAAAAAAAUUGCUUCCGAAGACUAUAUAUUCUGAGAUAUGAAUUGUACAUUCAACUUUUUACUGAAUAAAAUGGAUUUGAAUGUAGUUGUAAUGUGAAUAGUUUUUGUAUGAAUUGUCACUACUUUAUGAAGUGGUAUGAGAUUAUAAUGUAUAGUGUUUGUUUUAACUGUUAUUAAAAAAAAUCAAA